AUGUCUUUUCAAAAUGAUGAAGAAUAUUGUCCAUGUGGUAGAUUGAAAGCUAAAUUCAAUAACUCGUUUUUUUCUAAUAAAUCUUCUUUGCUGGGUUCUGGAUCUUCUUCUAGUAUUAGUAUUUCAAAUAAUGUUGAGAAAAUCGAUAUAGCUUUGGUUCAUAAUGCUAAUGCUUCCAACAAUGAAUCAGUAUUAUCAGACGAUGAAGUUGAAUUAGACAAUCAAUAUAAUAUUGAACAAACAUAUAAAGAGCACAUUUCUAUGGAGAUAAUUGCUAGUAAUAGUAUUUCAGAUGUUGAGCAAAUCGCUAUGGUUGGGGUUGAUAAUACUAAUAUUUCAAAUAAUGUAUCAGUACUACCAGAUGAUUUAGUCAAAUUAAACAACCAAUGUAAUAUUGAGCAAACAUGUAAAGAGCACAUUUCUAUGGUGAUGGGUGCUAGUAGUAAUAGUAUUUCAGAUAAUGCUGUUGAGCAAAUUGCUAUGGCUGUGGUUGAUAAUGCUAAAGCUUCAGAUAAUGUAUCAAUAUUACCAGGUGAUACGGUUGAAUUUGAACAUACAAUUAUUGAUCCAAAAGAUCCAUCAAUUGAUCCACCAAAAAAUAGAUUUGAAUUUAAAAAUAGAAUUAUUUGUGGUCCAUAUCAACCCAUUAUUACCUUCCCAAGAACAUUAAGCGGUAAUCAAUAUCGUGGGUUUCUUUCGCGUUAUUAUAAUAAUUAUAAGUGGAUAGAAUAUUCUCCAAUUAAAGAUGCUGCAUUCUGUUUUCCAUGUAGAAUGUUCAAAGGUAAUUCUUUGAACAAUAGCCAACUAGAUCAUGCAUUUUCCAUUAGAGGUUUUAGACAUUGGAAGAAUGCAACAACAGCAUUCAACAACCACCAGAAUUCAAAAGCUCAUAAUUAUAGUACUAUAUCAAUGUCCAAAUUUCUUGAUGGGAACCCAAUAGAUGUUAUUAUUGAUGAAAACAAAAAAUUAGAACUUAGUCAACGGGAGUGCGAACGCCUAAAAAAUAGGGAUUUCUUUAAAAGACUAAUUGAUAUAACUAUACUAUUAGCAAAAUCAGGUAAACCUUUUCGGGGACAUGACGAAAGUAUUAAUAGCUUUAAUCAAGGAAUGUUCAAAGAGAUAUCCAAACUAUUAAUUAAGUAUGAUCCAAUAUUUAAAAAUCAUAUGGAUUCUAGUCCUCGGAACGCUCUGUACUCCAGCAAUCGAAUUCAAAAUGAUAUUAUUAUGGCUCUUUAUAACUACUUUAAGAGAAAAUUGGCAUUACUUUUGCAAAAUAAAAAAAUAUCAAUAAUAGCUGAUGAAACCAGUGAUGUAGGGCAUCAUCAACAGAUGUCUAUAGUUAUUAGGUAUUUUGAUUCAAUUUUAAACAAACCAGUUGAACAUUUUGUGUGUUUGCAAAGACUUACAACCGUUGAUGCCCAGUCUAUAUUCAACAGCUUAAAUUAUGUAUUAGUUAAUAAACUAUCCUUAAAUUGGUCAUCUGUUGUUGGUGUAUGCUUCGAUGGUGCAGCUACUAUGUCUGGGUUUAAUAAUAGAGUUCAAGCAAAAUGUAAAGCAAAAAAUAAUUCUAUAAUGUACAUUCACUGCUAUGCCCACUGUUUAAAUUUAGUUUUAGUUGAUUCCGUAGGUAGAAAGAACCGUGUAGUAUUUGAUUUUUUUGGAACUGUACAGCUUAUUUUUGCUUUCAUUGAAAGUAGUUGUGUUAGGCAUGCUAUACUUGAAAAAAUUGCUAAACAAAUAAAUGUAAAACUUGUAACGCUAAAAUCAAUAUCUAACACAAGAUGGGCUUGUCGAUCUGAAGCUAUAUCCGCUAUUAAAUUUAAUUAUUCAGCUUUGGUUAAGGCGCUUCAAGAAAUUUGUGAUUCAAUCAGACUCUCUGAUGUAAGCGCUAAAGCUCGUGGAUUAAUUUUUCAAAUGAAAUCUUUUAAUUUUAUAUUCGCCCUGAAUAUGCUGGAGCCUAUUUUUUCAGUUAUAUUAAAAGUUAGUACAAAUUUAUAA